AUGCAAAGUGCAGGCGCAGCCCUUCCCCGCAAGGGCGGCAGCAGCGGUGGCACGGGCGUCGCGGUGGUCACCGCAGGGCUGCUACUGGAAACAUCCCUCGGGCCCCUCGCGGUCGACCUCUUUGGCGCGGACUGCUCUGCGCUGACGGCGAACUUCGUGAACCUGUGCAGAGCGCAGCUGUGGAACGGCGCGGUGGCGACAGAAGUAGUGCCGGAGGUGGCGGUGUUCUUCUCCCUUGCCGCAGACCCAGUGUACAAGGAGCUGCUUGAAAAGCUGCUGCGCUCGCAUUCGGCGGCUGUAGCGGCAUCACCUGGCCCAGGCCCGCUGAACUUCUGGAGUCUGCUGCCCAGACAGGACCGUGUGGAGGGUGAUGCGUCGCCGACGGCGUCCAUCGCCACCGCGUCCUUGCACAGUCACGCUGCAGCCUCUGCUCCUUCAACUGCUGACCCCGUAGAGCAGCAAGAGACGGCAGUGCGGCGGGCGAUGCAACAGGAGGCACGGCUGUGCAAGCGGCGGCGUUGUGUCGGGCUUGCUCCGUCUAGGACCGGUGGCAGCAACACCAAAGGCGGCUAUCAACCAGUGUACGUGCCCGCGUCUGGCAACACUGGCGCAGCUGUCGUCACUAACGCAGCUCACGUGAGUGCUUUGCCGAGCGCCAGCUCGCCUUGCACGGUAUGCCGCGCCGGAAGCCUGCUCGUGGAUGCAUCAGCGCCCACACUGCGCUUCGGUCUCACGCUGUCUGAUCGCACGAUGGACUUCCUCGACAAGCAGUACAUCACGGUUGGCGUGGUGCGCGAGGGCGAGGCGGUACUGCGCCGGAUACGUCGUGCCCCAGUCCGCGACCGCUGCGGAGACGGCGCACCGACGACGACUGACACCAACCCUUUGGCAGCUGUUGACAUUGUGGCGGGCCGGCCGGCGCUGUCGUGGCCGCGGCCCGUGCGGAUGCUGCGCGUGAAGCGAGCGACGGUGCUUCCCACAGCUGGUACCGAGAAGUACGUGGCAGUCCCUCCCUCGGCGUGGUGGGGGGUAUCGUCGACGAUGGGCAGCGCAGACGCCAUGGAGCAGCAGCGGCAGCAGCGGAAGCGCACGGCAGCGGCGCUGCACCAAGCCGGAUGCUUCGAAUGGUGGGCCUCGGAGGCGGCUGUGCGCGCUGCUCACCGUCAGUUAGUGGAUCUGGUGCGGACCAGCCUCGCGGCGCACGGGUAUGUGGCCAUUGCGCGUCCCCGCACCGUUGCAGAUGCGUCCAUAUACGUGCAGACGGCUGCCGCGCCAACAGGGAAGCAUGCCGCGCAGCCGCUUAUUGUGGUCGCCGCUGCGCCAGCGCAGACGAGGAGUGACGACGACGCUGCUACGGACCUCGGUGAGCUGGAGCUGGUGUGCAACCCGCACUACGCUGGUGACUACUUGAGCUCCGAGGACGACGACGCGGAGGGGUUCCACGACGGGGGCCAACAGCCUCGUCGCAGCGCUGCCGCGGCGCUCUCGGCGAAGCAGUUGGAGGAGCGCCGCAAGAGCUUCAUGCAGCAGCACCAGGAAAAGGCGAACGAAACGCUCUCGCUCAUGCUGAACUUGCUGAACGGCGUGGCCGACGUGCGGGGCGACAUCAAGCCACCGGACAACGUUCUGUUUGUGUGCCGGUUGAACCCUGUGACGACAGGCGAGGGGCUCGCGCUCUGCUUCUCCCAGUUCGGCCGUGUCACCUCCGCCGACGUCGUUUAUGACGUGAAGACAAGGCAGUCUCUGUGCUACGGCUUCGUCGAAUUCGAGAGCGUCGAGGCGUGCUUUCGGGCCUUCCAGAAGAUGGACCGGGCUCUCAUCGACGACUGCCGUAUCCACGUCGACUUCUCCCAGUCUGUGUCGAAGCUGUGGGCGCAGCGGCAGCGGGACAUGCGGAAGCGUGGCCGCGUUGCUUUGGAGUGA